AAGCCCAGAGCCAUACAGUGUUGAGCAACGCAUCUUUUGCAAAAUGUUCUCAUUUGCAAAAACUUUGACCCUGGAAUUUCUCAUAUUUCUCCUGUUCUUCAUUCUGGGAGAAAUCGUGAGCGAAGCGUGGGAAAGCGAUCAUUGUAAUCUGGACAGAGUCGUACGAGCUGGGGAAAAAGCCCAAUGGACAAAUCCCACAAAUUAUACAAUCUUUCUAAGUGAGCUUACCAUGCCUAACAAACGUUCAAGAUUCGAGAUGUUGAUUCCUUCACAUCAAACUGUUUCUCGUAACUUUGAGGCGCGUGGCAUACUUAGAUAUCGGUCAAGUGCUUGUCCAAACAAAAUUGGAUUGAUUUACGUAAAAGGUCAAAUAUUUCGUCGAAGCACGUUCCAAAACCAAAACAAUCACGGUACAUCUUGUUUUGAUUUCUGCAACGGAACACGAACAACAAUAUCAGAAAUUAGCAGUGUUAACAUGUGCCGCUACAGAUACGAUUAUGUUGUCCGCGGCGUGGUCAGAAAGUAUUUCAACAAAAAUAGCAAAAUCCAACUGAAAUUGAUUCGUAAUUAUCUUCAGCCUCCUUGCUCGAGAAGCGGCAAACGAAAAUCGAAAAAUGUACGCAAACAAAUCUUUUUCCUGGCGCCUUCGAGCUGCGCAUGUCCACGAAUGCAGAUUGGUAACGAUUUAUUGGUUAUGGGUUUUACACAUGGGACCAAACUGACGAUCGAUUCCAGAAGCAAAAUCAUUAAAUGGAACUCAAAAUUCAACAUUAAACUCGUCGCAUUUCAACGAAAAAUUAAUAAAAACCCUCCUUGUUCAUAACAUAGCCAAUGAACUCUUUUCAAACCCAACAACGCUACUAUUAGUUGACAAUUGUGCAAUGGAAGCAUAGAAGUUGUUUAUUUUUUAGAAAAUGCAGCUUAUAACCCAUGAAAUGUCAUUCAAACUGUUGUGGACAAUGCAUUGUAUUGCUUUUCUCGUGAAUGUUUUAAUGUGUAUCAUAAAAUGAAAAACUUUGUCUAUCUCAAUGCCCUUGCAAUGUAUGUAUGUAUAGCAACAUAUUUGGAUAAAUAAUGCACACAAAUUAUAAUAUAUAGUGGAAUAUUUUAUAUGAAUAUAUUAAAUAAAGA